UGAGAAGACAAAGGAGGCCCUGCUGGAGCUGAAGGCUGCCCUGGAGAACAACCCCAAGAUGGUGGCUCACUACCCCGUGGAGGUGCGCUUUGCGCGGGGGGAUGAGAUCUGGCUCAGCCCCUGCUUCCGUCGGGACAGCUGCUAUAUGAACAUCAUCAUGUACAGGCCCUAUGGGAAGAAUGUCCCCCGACUCAACUACUGGCUCACCUACGAGGGCAUCAUGAAGAAGCACGGAGGGAGACCACACUGGGCAAAGGCCCAUACAUGCACCCGGAAGGACUUUGAGACCAUGUAUCCGGCCUUCCCCAAGUUCUGCGCCGUGCGGGAGAAGCUGGAUCCCACAGGAAUGUUCCUGAAUGCCUACCUGGAAAAGGUGUUUUACUGACAGGGUGGGGAUGGGCCCAGGCAGCAGCUGGA